ACUCAGCUCUUCGGAGUUUUGCUUGCUGCUGCUUCAAAUUUUCUGAUUAGUGUCUCUUUGAAUAUACAGAAAUGUGCUCAUCUCCGACUGGCUUGCCAAACAGAACUGAAGCCCUACUACACGAGCAAGCUAUGGUGGUGUGGGAUUACCCUCCUGGGGCUUGGAGAGGUGGGCAAUUUCACAGCCUACGGAUUUGCCCCCAUUACCCUCGUCGUUCCACUGGGAUGUGUAUCUGUCAUAGGUAGUGCAUUUAUUUCUGUCUUAUUCCUAAAGAAAACCAUGAGGGCUGCUGAUAUAUUGGGAGGAACAUUGACAGUAACCGGGACAUACUUGUUGGUGACGUUCGCUCCAAAUAUACCCAAAGAUCUCACAGCAAGAAGAGUACAGAAUUACUUAGUGAGCUGGCCCUUUUUGGUAUAUUCGAUCUUAGAAAUUCUAAUAUUCUGCAUUCUCCUCUACUUUUACAAAAGAAAGACUGUGAAACACAUCGUGGUUUUGUUAAUGAUGGUAGCACUACUGG